AUGGCGUUCAGUGGGACGCUGCAGAAAUGCAAGGCUUGUGAUAAGACUGUUUAUGUGGUGGAUUUGUUGUCUGCUGAUGGAGUUGCCUAUCACAAAUCCUGCUUCAAGUGCAGUCACUGCAAAGGAACUCUUGUGAUGAGCAAUUACUCUUCCCUGGAUGGGGUCCUCUACUGCAAGCCUCACUUUGAACAACUCUUCAAGGAGAGUGGAAAUUUCAGUAAAAAUUUCCAAACAGGAAAGUCUGAGAAGCCAAGUGACGGGUCCAAGGCCCCUAGCAAAUUAUCCUCAAUGUUCUGUGGGACUCAAGACAAAUGUGCCACUUGCCAUAAAACUGCCUAUCCACUAGAGAAGGUGACCGUGGAGGGUGAAUCUUAUCAUAAGUCAUGCUUUAAGUGCUCUCAUGGAGGUUGCUCUCUUACACCUUCAAACUAUGCUGCAUUGGAUGGAAUUUUGUACUGCAAGCACCAUUUUGCUCAGUUGUUCAAGGAGAAGGGAAGCUACAAUCAUGUCAUCACGGCAGUUAAGAAAAAUUCUGCUCAAACAGAUGGAGAAGGAAAAGCUGAAGGAGAGGGAGAAGCAGAAGCAGAAGCAGAAGAAUCAUAG